UCAUCCUGAGCCUCAUUUGGAAACAAACGCCGAGUUGAACCCCCGAGAUCACCAAUUCUCUUCUCGACGUUACAUCUGCCACCAUGGGCAACGGCCAGUCGACGCCCGAAGCCAAACCAUCAGUAGCAACGUCCACAUCCGCAGACGUCUGCCCAGUCGACCACAAGUCUCGAGAAGCAUGGCUCGAGAAAGCCCGCAUGGCAGAAGCCUCGAAACACCACACCACUCCCACACCCACAUCCACACCAUCACCCCUCGGCGCACCCAGCACGUGCGACUCCUCCAAUCUCGCCUCCGACACGCCCAAACCCCAAAGCACAACCUCCAAGAUCCUCUCCAGCGUCGGCCUCUCCACCCACCGCGAAGUCAGCACCAUCCCACGCGCACCGCCCGGCGUAGCACCCGCAGCACCCAAGAACUCUGAACAACAACAGCAACAAGAACAACACACCACCCCCGACUCAGAACCAGCAGACGCGCACAAGAAAGAGACAAACUGGAUCUACCCGUCGCCCAAGAUGUUCUACGAGGCCAUGAAGCGCAAGAAGCACAGCCCAGAGCCCGCGACCAUGGACGCCAUCGUGCCGAUCCACAACGCCGUCAACGAGCGCGUGUGGACCGAGAUCAAGACGUGGGAGCACGGCUGGGGCACGGAUGCGUGCGAGGGCCCGUUUGGCGGGACGUUUCUCGAGUCGUUCCAUGGCAUGGGCGACCAGCUCUCGCCGAAAGCGCGAGUGAACAGCUGGCUCGGGUACGCGAAGCCGUUUGAUCGGCACGAGUGGGUGAUUAAUCGGUGUGGGCGGCGAGUGGAGUAUCUGAUUGAUUUCUAUGCCGGGCGCGACGAGGGAGUGCCGGGGAAGAGUCUGAAUUUCUAUCUUGAUGUACGGCCGAAGUUGAAUAGCUGGGAGGGUUGGGCGAUGAGGGGGGCGCGGGUGCUGGGCUUGAGAUUCGAGAAGGAGAAAGGGGCGACAGGGAAUAAAUACGCGUCGAAUAAGUAGAUGAGAGAGAGAGAAAGAAGGAGGUUGUAUAUAUCGACGAUGGAAGUGUUGUAUUAACAUGUAACAUAUCAAAUGAUCCAGGUUCUACAUUCUAUCAAUAUCCGCUACUCUGACCAUGUAAACUCUUCCCCUGAGGUAGCGUCAUGGAAGCU